CCGGCAGUAGCGGCUCGAGAAAAAUGUCCCGGCCCGGCGGGGUCUGGGGGUGUGCGGCGGCCAUGGACUGCGAGCAGCCGGACAGCUUGGAAGGCUGGGUGCCGCUGCGCGAGGACCUCUUCCGGGAGCCCGAGCGACACCAGCUGCGCUUCCUGGUGGCCUGGAACGCCGAGGAGGGCCAGUUCGCCGUCACCUGUCACGACCGCACGGCGCAGCGGAGGCGCGGGCCGCCGGACGGCGGCGGCGGGGGGUGCAGCUGGGCCGGGCUGCUGUCGGCCGCCGGGUUCCGGGGCGCGCACCGGCAGCUGGCGGCGCUGUGGCCGGCCCUGGAGCGCUGCUUCCCGCCGCUGCCGCCCGAGGUGGAGGCGGCGGGCGGCCGCGGCUGGGGCCUGGGGCGCGGGCUGUGGGCGCUCAUGUGGCCGGCGCCCGCGGAGCCCGGCGACGCGGCGCUGCAGGAGCUGUGCCGCCAGCUGGAGCGCUACCUGGGCCAGGCGGCCGAGGGCUGCGGCGGCGCCACCGUGCGCGACGUGCUCUUCCCGGCCCCGGGCGACCCGGCGGACUGCGAGGGCCUGCGCGAGUUCCGGGAGAAGACGCUCCGCGCGCGGCUGGACGGGGCGGCCGCACGGCUGCGCCAGGUCCUUCAAGAUCACAGAAAAGCCAACACCAUGGUAGCAUUAAUGAAAGUUUAUCAAGAGGAGGAUGAAGCAUAUCAAGAAUUAGUUACCACGGCAACCAUGUUCUUCCAGUAUUUACUGCAGCCAUUUAGAGAUAUGCGAGAAGUUGCGACCUCAUGUAAGCUUGAUAUUUUGAAGUCCCUGAACGAGGAUGACCUGGGUCCUAAAAGGGUAGUUUCUCUACAGAAGGAAGUCAAUGAAUGGACCAGACGGGCUGAAGAAGCAGCAGUCUCUAUUCAAGAUAUCACUGUGAAUUAUUUUAGGGAAACAGUCACAGCAUUAACAGGAAUGCAGAAACAGAUGGAGCAGGACCGGAAGAGAUUUGGCCAGGCUGCCUGGGCCACAGCCAUGCCCAGGCUAGAGAGUCUCCAGCUCAUGUUAGCUCGGGAGACUCUGCAGCUUAUGCGAGCCAAAGAGCUGUGUCUGAAGCACAGGUGCACCGAAAUCCAGAGGAAGAUGGAGGAUCUUCCAGACCAAGGAAAGAGCACAGACAUUGUAGAUGAGCUAGAGAUACAGUAUUAUGAGAUUCAGUUGGAGUUGUACGAGGUUAAACUUGAGAUCCUGAGGAGUGAAGAGAUGAUCCUUGUCACACAGUUGGACUCUGUGAAGAGACUUAUAAAAGAGAAACAGGAUGAAGUGGUCUACUACGACCCGUGUGAAAGCCCAGAGGAGCUGAAGGGCCUGGCCCACGACCCAGAGCUGCAGCAUGGUGAGAAUGGAGAGCUGAGAGCACUCAGCCAGCAGCGCCAGCAGCUGGAGGCUCAGCGGGGCCGCAUCUGUGCCAGGAGGGCCCAGCUCAGGAGCAGAAGGGAUCACUGCCGAGAAAAUCAUCAGCUCAGACUGCAGCAGGCUAAAGAGAGCGUGAGACAUUUUCACCAGCACCACAGUAUUCAGAUGAAAAGAGACAAAAUAAAAGAAGAGGAACAAAAGAAAAAAGAAUGGAUAAACCAUGAACGUCAGAAAACACUUGAGCGACUAAGAGCAUAUAGGGAGAAGCGUCCAGCUCCUCCGUCUGCACUGAGAACAGCUUGCUCAGAAACCAUGGUGCCAAACCUCUCAGGUGGACGCUCUCCGAGGAGGUCCUCAGCAGCUCAUCACAAGAUAGCUCACCCUGCCUCUAGCAAAACCGGAAGUGUUACUCCUUUACCUGAAGCUAAUAUGAAAACCCCUGAGCCUCAAGACUCCUCUGGCAGUAUUCCUGUCCAGAUUUUUGUUCCAAUUGGUGACCAGACACCCUCCCGAUUCAGUGAGGAUCAGUCACUACUGCCACAGCCACCACCCCCUCCUUCCCCACUACCCCCUCCUCCCCCACCACCCCCUCCUCCGCCCCCACCACUUCCUCUCCCAGCUCUGUCCUCUUCUCAAGCUACUACUCGUCAGAAUUUAGGACUCAGGGCUUCAGCAACAGAGGACCAGCCACUCUCUCUAGUGUGUGAGGCAUCUGCUGAAAGACCAUGUGUUCAUCUGGGAGACUUCCAGUGUCCAGGCUCUAUGGAUGAAGUGCUGGCCUCUCUCCGGCAGGGCAGGGCCUCUCUCCGGAAAGUCGAAGCACCUACCUUGCCCCCUCCCCGCACCUCAGUCAAUGAACAGGUUCUGGCUGCUAUCAGGCAGGGGGUGCAGCUGAAGAAAGUCCACCCAGAUGCAACUGUAGAGCCCAGCAAGAAGCGAACCAGCGACCUGGAGAGGAGCAUCAGGGCAGCCCUGGAAAGAAUUAAGAGAGUGUCUGCUGAUUCAGAGGACAGUGAUGAGCAGAGUCCUGGUGAGUGGGACCACUAGGGUCUCCAGGUGACAAAGGCAGGCGGACCCAUAAACCCUAGACCAGCAAGGCUUCCCUGGCACUACUGCUUUGAUGUGGCCUUAACACGUGGAGAACAGUGGAGGCGUGGUGACUGUCACAACCCACAGGUGGGUGGGCUGGCCAUGGGAACAGUACUGUGUCUACUCUGGAGGCACUGUCUGACCUGGAGGUGCAACCCUGUGGUUUACAUUAAACAGUGUGCUUCCGUGUGUGAACACUGGUUCCACAGACUUAAAGGCUCAAAUGUGAACAUGAUUUUAGCAGUAAUCAGAAUAAAUUGCAUAUAUUCCAGAAUUACUUUAAAUAUUUAAAUAAAGUUUAUUUUGUGUAUCAGCACUACAGAAACUCAUAAUAAACACUAUUAUAAUA